AUGGCGCGUGGCCGGCCGGAUCCAAAGGUGAUUUCUCAAGAGAGUCUCCCUGAGAAAAAUAUUUUGCGUGACGAGGUACUUGAGUCACCUCCAAGCGAUGUCGACCAUGGUAUCAUCAAGGACUGGGAUAAUGAGUCUCGGAUUCGACUUAACGCUGUAUUGACUUCUACUAUAACGAAAGACCUGAAUAUCACAACCAAUCAGAUCAACAUCGGAACACAGCUGUUGUCUGCGGGAAUCGUACUCUCUGAGAUACCAUCCAAUAUUAUCAUGCAAAGGAUAGGACCUCGCGUUUGGCUGUCGGGUCAGCUCUUUGCGUGGGGACUCGUUGCCACCUUCCAGGCCUUUAUCCAGUCAUAUCCAGCUUACCUGGUAACCCGUAUCCUGCUCGGACUUUGUGAAGGUGGUUUUAUUCCAGGUGCUCUCUACUACUUGUCCACCUGGUACAAGAAAGACGAGACCAGCUUUCGCACUACCCUCUUCUUCUAUGGACAAAUGUUUGCCUCUGCUACAUCCAGUUUGAUUUCAGCCGGUCUUCUUCGACUAUCUGGAACGGGAGGCCUAGAAGGAUGGCGGUGGAUCUUUUUGGUCGAAGGCCUCAUCACCAUCUUUGUUGGGAUUGUUUUUACUCUCUUUGUCCCCCCUGCAGCAGGCGAUGGUCGUGCUUUAAUUGGCAUGGGCCGUUGGAGCUAUUUUAGCGAAAGAGAGACACAAAUAAUCCGCAAUCGAGUUCUGCUGGACGACCCUCGCAAGGCCCGUGGGCAGAUUCAGAUCUCACGGUCCGAUAUCUGGAAGACUGUUUGCCAGCCGCGCAUUUUGCAACACGCCUUUUUGACAUUGGUCUCCAUGUCCGCGUUCCAAGGUUUGACGCAGUACACACCCAGCUUGAUCAAGUCCCUCGGAUUUGGAGCAGUCAGAGCCAAUGCCCUAGCGUCUGUCCCCGUGUACUGUGGUAUUGUGUGGCUGUCUGUCCUGGCUUAUAUUUCUGAUCGGGUUGGCCACCGUGGUCCUUUUGUCCUUCUGGCCAUUACUUGGAACGUCAUCUCCUACGCUUGUUUGCGAGCGAGCACAUAUUCCACAUCAGCAUGGCACCAGUAUGGAGUCAUUGCCGUGGCUAACGUGUCAUAUUGCAGCAUGCAUAUUCUGAACGUCGGUUGGCUGUCUGUUUACUGUACCACCCCUCAGGAACGAAGUGUUGCGAUGGCACUUAUUGUGAUGGCCGCCAACUGUGCUGGUAUUUCGGGCUCCCAGAUCUUCCGCACGUCUGAUGCUCCCAAGUAUUUGCACGGCCUCACAGCUAUAUGUGCGCUGGCCGGAGUGUCAUGGGUACUUGCCCUGGUUCUCGGCGUGCAGUACUAUAUUAGCCGCAAGAAGGCGUUAGUGGUUGAUAGCGAGGCAAAUCGGGAAGAUAAGAGCCAUGGCACCGUCGCUUCACCUCCUGUCUAUCCUCCAGUUCCUCGAGAGCCUGGCCACCAUGAGUACACCCGCCCGAGUCUGCGCUCGCUGCUCACGCAUCAAACAACGGUGCGACGGUGGUCUGCCCUGCUCGCGCUGCACCCAUGGGGCCCUGGCGCCACAACGGCCACGUGCAUCACGCUCCCGCGAACCGUUAUCUCGAUCACCGAUCCGAACGAUCGAUCCGACGGUGAUCCGCUUGCCUUGAGCUCCCUGACCCCCGAUGACGACGAGGAGUUCAUUGCCACGCUCUUCCCACACCCUUUUCCCAAGCAUAAUGGCAUUACCCUCUCUCUUAGCCGGUCCCCCUUAUCCACCAAUCCUCAUUUGCGCAGUGAAGAGGACCGAUCACUUUUUAACCACUACCUUCAGGUGGUGGCGGGCGCGCUCUCCCGGUCUCACUCCGAUCGGAACCCGUUCCUUGUGACUCUCUUGCCCCUAGCAGCUACAUCUAAUACAGUGACCAGUGUCAUAUUGAGUCUGAGUGGAUGCCAUUGGAAGCGAGUCUAUCCCACCAUCUGGGGUCGUGCAUUGACGCGGCAAGGCCAAGCACUGGCCCAAGUCAACAGUCUUCUCAGUCGAUCCGACCGCCAAUCCAUAUUUGAAGCAUGUACAACUGUUCUUUUAUUAUGCCUGACGGAGCUGUGUGAUGGGCAGUCUAAGGCCUGGAAAUGGCAUCUGAAGGCAGCCGGUGCCAUUCUCAAGUCCCCUGCGAUGCGAUCACUGGUCUCAACGGAUGAGUGGACGUUCUGUAUUAGUUUGUUCCACUACCUGGAUUCAAUGUCAACCAUCUCCCGGUGCAAACCACCAUUGCUGCAUGAAGGUGAUAGCAUGACGGAGUUGAGCAGCUCCCUUCGACGCUCCAGUGUGCCCGAACUGACUCAUAGUCACUCCACGGAUGCUAUCUAUGGGAUCUCUCCCGUGCUCUUUGACUAUCUCGGUAUGGUCAAUAUUCUGGCUAAUCACCGGAGCCGACGCGUGGACGAGCUCUCCGAAAUUGGCUUCCGAGCAUCCGCGAUACACUUGGAGAAUCGGAUCAAUGAGUGGCGCGUGGAACAUGACCGCAUAGACACGAUUGAUGGUCGUGAGCUCGAUACCGAGCGAGCCACGACGGCUUUUGAAUGGGCGAUCCGCCUGCGUUUACAUCAAAUCGUCGAGGGCUACGAUCCAUUCCAUGAAAUUGUCGAGGGCGCCGUAACCACCAUCUUGGAUGCUGUUCGAGAGAUACCGUACGCCAGUAAGGUUGAAGGAUGCCUUUUGUUUCCCUUGGUGAUAGCAGGAGCGAGCAGCAUCAGCGUUGAACGGCGCAUGGUUGUGAAAGAGCGACUCAUGGUCCUAGAGAGCACCUUGGGAUUUUCACACAUCCAAUACGCUCGUCAAUUGUUGGAAGCGGUGUGGAAGAGUGGAAGUACUUCAGGGCUCAACUGGGCGGCUGUCCGGUAUAAUCAAUUCCCCGGCGUCGUAUUCAUUUAA